AAAUUUUUUAUCUCCAAAAACGGGGUCGUUCUAUUGAAUUUUGUUCUUCCUUACACCCUAAAUCCCUAAUCUCCUUCAGCGGUGUUUAUAGUUUAACCCAAAAAAUCACCGAAUUCUGAUCGGAUCACCGCAGUGCCCCACUCUCCACCACCGCGCCAUCGCAAACCCUAGAUGGACCUACUGAAGCAAGAGCUUCUCAAGAAGCGCCAAUCCCUGGCGCAAGACACCGGCGGCAAGAAAUUCUUCAAGCGCUCCGAGAUCCAGCAGAAGGAAAUCCAGAAACUCCGGGAGCAAGAGAAGCGCGAAUUGGAAGCCAAGUCACAGAAGCGCCUCGCAACGUCCUCCGACAACGCUGCCACCGCUCCGUCCUCCUCAUCCACCGCCUCCGCCUCGGCCUCUUCCACAAUCGCAUCCUCCUCCGCCGCCUCCCUCACCAACGAGCAAAACAUCGACAACCUCGUCCUCCCAAAGCCCGAAGUCAUCCGCCGCCUCCGCUUCCUCAAGCAGCCGGUCACGCUCUUCGGCGAAGACGACGACGCCAGGCUGGACCGCCUGAAGUAUGUCCUCAAGGCCGGCGUCUUCGAGGUUGACAGCGACAUGACGGAGGGGCAGACCAACGAUUUCCUGCGCGACAUCGCGGAGCUCAGGAAGCGCCAGAAGACCGGGAUUCUCGGCGAGAGGAAGCGCCAGAAGGCCGACGACGGCGCCGCUGAGGACCGCGAGGGCGGCGCCGGAGAUGAUGACUUGAGUGACUGCGGCGGCUCCGAUGGUGCCGAUGCGGACAAGGACUUGAAGCGGAUGAAGGCGAAUUUCGAGGAGCUUUGCGAUGAGGAUAAGAUUCUGGUGUUCUUUAAGAAGCUGUUGAAUGAGUGGAAGCAGGAGUUGCGCGAGAUGCCUGAGGCGGAGAAGCGCACGGCCAAGGGGAAGUCCAUGGUUGCCACUUUCAAGCAGUGUGCGCGUUACUUGAACCCGCUGUUUAAGUUUUGCAGGAAGAAGGUUCUUCCGGAUGACAUUCGACAGGCGUUAUUGUUGAUGGUUGAAUGCUGUAUGAGGCGAGAUUAUCUGGCUGCAAUGGACCAUUAUAUCAAGCUGGCUAUCGGGAAUGCACCCUGGCCUAUUGGUGUCACUAUGGUUGGUAUUCACGAAAGAUCUGCCCGUGAAAAGAUCUACACCAACAGUGUUGCUCACAUCAUGAAUGAUGAGACCACUCGCAAAUACUUGCAAUCUGUGAAGAGAUUAAUGACAUUUUGCCAACGCCGUUAUCCGACAUUGCCUUCUAAAGCCGUUGAGUUCAAUAGUUUGGCAAAUGGCAGUGAUUUGCAUUCACUUCUAGCAGAAGAGAGAUUUAGUGGGGGCAAUCAGGCGGCAUCUGAAGAGAGGCUUAGGAUAAUGCCUGCUCCAAGAGACAGCUAGUCAUUUAUGUUUUGCUGGAAUGACAUCAUCGUAUGAUGCAUACUAUAUAUAUGUUUAAUUGCUAGAUACAAUCUGUUUGUGUUUCUUACUGAUUGUAUAAAAGAAAAUGCAUCUUUUAAAAUGGCAAAACAUGAAAAAUUCUGAUGUUGUGUACGUCGCCAAUAUUUUUGUUCCAGCCAGCAGCUUGCCCCUUGUUUUUGUUCCAAGUUAUUCGUUGUUAGUUUUUUAUGCCCUUCAUAUCUAUGCUGUUUCAGUCGGUGGUUGGGCUUCUUCCUCUUAGUAGCGUUUUCGGGCUUUGCAGUCUGGAUCAAGUUAGCAAAAUUUUUUGGCUGUUGCUAGGCGCACCUGGUACAAUUGCUAGUACACCCAGUAAAUUAAUAAAAUUUCAUUUUUUU